AUGAAGAAGACUUCUCACUUGGAUGAAAUUAUUAGUAAAAUACAGAGACAAUCAUAAAAAAAUUUACACCGCUCAAGUCCAAACCUCUCAAUAAUGAAAACUAACAACUAUCACUAUCAAUAAUUGCAUAAAAGAUUAAUGAGUUCUGUGUGUUAAGAAAUAUAUUCGCCAACUUAGAAUAGUGUGGUCACUACUUUAAAAGAGAAAUUAGGAAAGCGUAUCAGAUAAUAUAAUACUUGUGAGGAUGCUUCUAGCUUCCAGGAUAUUAAAAACAUGUAAGCAUUAUACUAGAAUAAGUAAAGUACUUGAAUCUUGCUUAACUACUGAAUGUGCCAAUUGUAAAGAAUUGACAUUUACAUCAUUCCUUCGUAUUCUUGAACGCAUGGAACAAUUAGAGUAGCCAUUCAAAAUAGUUCUUUUCGCCGAACUGAAAAAAACUUUCUUACUGUUGGCUAACAAAAUACAAUCUGACAUCGAUAUUCUCUCCUAACAUAUUCUGAAUCUUAAUUCUGACAUGGAAAUUAAAAAUAAGGAAAUAUUGUUGUUGAAGACUUCUCUGUAAUAGUCUUAGAAAUCAAGAAAUGAAGAUUUCCAGCAAAUAGUAAAUACAUUGAGAUAAAAAAAGAAGGAUUAAAAUAAAAUCAAUACCAAUCUUAAACCAUUCACUCAUCAAGAUAAUGUAGAAACAUGCAAAUUGAAACAUGAUAUAAAUGAACCUGUUGAUGAAGAGUAAUUGAAAUUCAGUUCAGAAGAGGAUUCAUUUCCUUUUGGUACUUUUAUCAGUUAUCAUUAGUCGAUCCUUCCACUUUGAAUUAACCUAUAUACAAAAACGGCAUAUCAUUAAAUCUAAAACCAGUCAAAAAAAAAGCACCUAGAGGGUACUAAGAUGAAUUUAUGGCUUAAAUGAAUGAAUUUAGCGAAAGUUGGAGAUAACAAGCCUUGGUGGAAAAAAGGUUUUGA